UAAUUUUGACUUGAAUCGGUUUUCCACAUACCUCAAUCAGCUCGUUCUGAAUUUGAUGACCAUAGUAUUUUGCGUUAGCUGGUGCAUUUUCAACAUACUGUUUCAGCAACUCAUUACCCUCAUCACGUUAUUUCAGAAGCGCUUGAAAAUUACUGCACUCAUCCGUGUGGCCCCGAAUGGCGAUUCCGGUUUUGUGGAGACCUUGACUGUCCUGACUGGGUCCUCGCUGAAAUCAGCACUUUGGCAAAAAUAUCAAGUGUAAAGAUGAAGCUCCUUUGUGUGCAAGUGUUGAAGGAUCUUCUUGGAGAAGGCAUUGAUUAUGAUAAAGUGGCAAAGAUAACUGCAGACGCAAAGUUCGAGAGCGGAGAUAUAAAAGCCAGUUUGGCCGUACUGAGCUUUAUCUUGUCCAGCGCUGCAAAGCAUGACCUAGACAGCGAGUCCCUUUCCAGUGAGCUCCAGCAGCUGGGCCUGCCCAAAGAACACACCACAGGACUGUGUAAAUCAUAUGAGGACAAGCACGCCGCCCUGCAGGAUAAACUGAGGGAAAGCAGCCUUCGUUUGGGCCGUCUGGAGAACGUGUCCUGGCGAGUGGACUACACCCUGAGCUCAAGUGAGCUGAAGGAAGUGAAUGAGCCCACAGUGCAGCUCAGGCUCCAAGCAAAAGGUGCAGAAUCGGGCUCCACAGAGACCACCGUGGUGUCCAUCACCGCGGACAAGUUCAGAGUCCUCCUGACCGAACUCAAGCAAGCUCAAGCUAUGAUGAAUGCACUACAAUGAGGUGCAAGUUUAUCAUAUUUAUGUACAUAUUUAAUAAAGAGAUCUUUCAUAAA